AAAAUCGGAAACCUGAACAAAAAGAUACGAAAAGGCGGACGUGCAAUCAACAUAAGACCAGGACAUUGGUUAAUGUAAAAAAACGAACAGCAAUAAGCGAAAAUAAAAAGAACGGAAAAAGGAAAACGGACUCGCAAAUCCAACGGGAAAAAGCAAGAAAUCAAAGUGCAAAUUGAACACCAAAAAGCAAAAAGAGAGGCAGAGCGAGAGACGCACACAAGAGAGCGCAUGCUGGGCGCCGCAGGAGAAGAAGAAGAAGCAGCAGAGGCAGCCGCCGCCGCCACAGCAGUACAGUGAGAGUGAAGUAAAGUGGAGCAGGAGAGAGGAAACAGGGUGCUCUGAAGAGCCAAACGAAAACAACAAAGAAGUGAGGCGUCUGAAGAAGUCGUCGUUAUUAAUCUACCUCCAAACAAAAGCAAAACUAAUCUAAAAGCACAAUAACUUCAAAACAAGUUGCAUACGGUAAUAGUAAGACAUGAAAAUGACAAAAAAACUAAGAAAAAACAAUCAACAAACCAAGUCAACACCAAGCGACAUCCACUGAAAGCGCCAUCUAGCGACGGCGAGCAUAACUAGCAUCUGUCAGACAGAGGAAAGGAAGACCAAGACACUGAUAAAGAGACGUGGAGAGAGAGCCAGAGCAAAGAGAGGAGCACAACAAUUUCUGCUGCGCCAGUAAGUGAAACACAAACAACAAAAGCCAGGCGAACUGCGACUUUUGGCUUUCUUCGCUGCCCGCCGUUGUAGUUGUUACUGCUGCUACUGUCUCCCCGUCCCCAUUGUCAUCGCAACAGGAGAGAGCGAGACGAGGCGAGCCGAGCCGGGAGCCGAUAGCAGAAAGCUGAGUGUGGAGUGAGGCGUGUGGAGAAAGGAGAGCGGGGGAGAGAUAGCUCCCCGCAAAUAUCAUCUCACCUCCGAUUGGACCAGAAAGUAAUCACAAUAACGAAGAAGUUAAACUCCGACCAGUUGCCUUUUUUGCCCGCCACAAGAUGGCGUGCCUUAACACCCUGAAGCAGGAAAUCAAAACUCUGGAAAAGAUCUUUCCCAAGAACCACGAGCGCUUUCAGAUCCUCAAUUCCAGCGUCGACGAGCUCCUCUGCCGGUUCAUCGACAAGAACGGGAAGCGAUACGACAUUCAUGCCAACAUAACGGAAACGUAUCCCUCAUCGCCGCCAGUUUGGUUUGCCGAGAGCGAGGAGACGAGCGUCACAAAUGCCGUUCAAAUACUUAGCAAUACAAAUGGACGUGAUAAUCACGUGAUUAAUCAGGUGGGCAUACUGCUGCGUGAGCUGUGCCGACUACACAACGUUCCACUGCCACCCGACAUCGAUAACCUGGCGCUGCCGCUGCAAACUCCACCGCCAUCCGCAUCGCCACUUCGCUGCGAGCAGAGACCCGGCGGAGGUGGAGCGGGGGGCGGCGUUGGGGGCGGAGGACAGCAUGGCGGUAACGAGGAGACCGACUCGGACCAAGAGGAUAUCGAGGACCCCAUUGGCGAGAGCGAACAGGAGAGCGAGGGCGAUGAGGAUUUGCCGCUGGAGAUGGAUGAUGUACGAAGUACAAACAAGAAGGACGACAUGGAAGUGGAACAUUUAGCGACCCUCGAAAGACUGCGUCAAAGUCAACGACAAGACUAUUUAAAAGGUUCCGUUUCGGGUUCCGUGCAGGCAACCGAUCGAUUAAUGAAGGAACUACGUGAUAUUUAUCGAUCGGACGCCUUCAAGAAGAAUAUGUAUCAGAUUGAGCUCGUGAAUGAGUCGAUUUACGAGUGGAAUAUACGCCUCAAGUCCGUCGAUCCGGACAGUCCCCUGCACAGUGAUCUGCUAAUGCUGAAGGAAAAGGAGGGCAAGGACAGCAUACUGCUCAACAUAUUGUUCAAGGAGACGUAUCCAUUCGAGCCGCCCUUUGUGCGGGUCGUCCAUCCGAUUAUCUCAGGCGGCUAUGUGCUCAUUGGCGGUGCCAUCUGUAUGGAACUGCUGACAAAGCAGGGCUGGAGCUCAGCCUAUACCGUGGAGGCGGUGAUCAUGCAAAUAGCUGCCACUCUGGUCAAGGGAAAGGCGCGCAUCCAGUUUGGAGCCACCAAGGCGCUGAGCCAGGGCCAAUACAGUUUGGCUCGGGCCCAGCAGAGCUUUAAGUCGCUGGUCCAGAUCCACGAGAAGAACGGAUGGUUCACGCCGCCCAAGGAGGAUGGCUAAGACCGCUAGCCGUUCUAAACGCACACUUUCCUUCAGAAUACAGCAAAACCACAACGCACCCGACACCCACACAGCCUGAAAUCCUCACAGUCUCACACCCCCCGCUCAUAUCGACGAAUCGGUCGUUCCUCCGCCCAGCAAUUUCAUUAGCCACAUUCAUAGUCACCUCUGGUGGGAUCCGAUCUGGUUCGAACCCCUUACGGAGGGGUUCACAGGAUCGGAGAGAGUGCCAACGCGGCUCAAAGGGCGACAAAAUAUAAUUGUUAUAACUUGUUAAUCGACCCAAAUGGCCGCAUUAUGUAAUUCCCUUCAUUUUCAAGAAGGAAGAUUUUUAAAUGUCACUUGUCUUCUCCUCCUCAAUGUAUCUAACUGAUCCCCUUCCACCCCCUUGUACCCACUAAACCACCUUAAAAAUUAUUUUUAACUUUGGGCCAAAACAAGUCCAAUCCAGAGUCUUGGAAUUGGAUUUAAAGCAGGGGAGUUGGCAAGCCAAGAUUUGUAAAAUGUAAAGGCAAUAUCUGUUAUUAUGUAUAUGAAUAUAAUUUGUAAUCCAAUUGUAAAUGUUGUAGUGGCACUACCCCAUCAAUCACCUCAUACACACACAAACACAUACCACCAUUACCACACACACACACCCUAUUUGUAACUAGUUAAGAUGCCUAAUUGUAUUCUUAUUUUAGCUUACAAAAAAUUGUGUAAUCUUAUAAAAUAUUUUUUCUCUAACAUUAAGCGACAGCUAGCGAAAGCAGCAAUGAUAAGGGAAGAAGGCGCGAUUGAUGUGAAAUCGAGCAGCAUAGAUUAUAUAUAUAUAUACACACUAUACAUACAUAUAAAUACAAUUAUAAAUACACAUAAAUAUAUAUAUAUAUUAAAACUAGCGCGAGAGUGUAGCUUAAGCAGAGCAACUUCUAAUUGUAAAUUCGUCUUUCCAAAUAAUCGUAAAAUAACAAACGUAAACCUAAAUCUAAA